AUGGAAUUUCUAGGCGAUCUUGAUUUUUUACCAGGAAGCAUAAAUCCAAAAUUAAAGGGCUUAAUAUAUAUAAUCACAUUAUUACACGUAUUAGCUGUGUUUAUAUGGAUUGCUCUAUUGUGUAGAUAAGCAGGAAAAAAAAGUAAUACUUUUCAAAGUUAUGUGGAACAAGUGAUGGGUGAAGGAUCCAAAAUUAAACAUCAUUGA